UUGCCCAAUAAAACUAUUCCGUCAGCCAUCGAGUAAAAUUCCGAACAGAUGACAUAUAAUCAUUGACAAGUGGAGAACACUUUUGCAGACACAUAUACAAAUUCUGUUCGUUUUUUUAACAGGCAGGCAAGAAAAAAAUCUGAAUUCUAUUUUUUCAUCCCUAUUUAUUCUGUCCUAUCUAACAUGUAAGAUCAUCAAAUUCAUUUCGAUUUACAGUUGUCGAUAUAUCGGAGAAUUUUGGCCUGAAUUUUGUUGAAUUCUUUUCAAGAUUUGUGUUUUUGUUGAUUAAUAUUUCAAAUUAAUUAUUUGAAGGGCAAAUAAUAAAAUGGAAAUAUUACGAAAUGAUAGGAGUGGGACACCUAUAUCGUCCACUCCUUCCAGAUUACCCCCGACAUUGCCAUCAAAUAAUUCUGCGUUGCGAAAAUCAAUUAUCAAGAUAUCAUCUGAACAUAUAGAUAAAAAUCCUUGUACCAUGAAUAAUGAACGAACUCGUAUUAUACCAAUAUUUCGUUCAAUUUCUCAUAGUGGUGAAAAUGAAUCUACCGUUCCAAAAACUAGCCGAUCACCAUCUAAUAUAAAACAACAUUUCAACUAUCAAUCAUCAUUUAAUCCUCGAAUCAAUCUUCGAAUAUCAUCACCAGAUCCAACAUUGUCAAGAAUGUUGUCACGAAUGAACAGUCUUAGCCAAUCCAGUAAUGAACGAUGUCAUUCCCCAAUAUCAUCUGGUUAUGAAUCAUCUUAUUCAUCCACAGCUAGCACAAAUCCUAAUCACCAUUAUAAUCAUACUCCUGAAACACGACUUCGAGAUAUUCGUCGAUCAUCAAGUGCAAAUCGCUUGUAUUCAGGAAAAUCAUCUCAGCUACAAACAAAUGAUUUUUAUGGCGAAACAUCAACAUCAUCCUCAGACAAUAAACAUAAAAUAAAAAUGCAAACGAAUGCACCAACAAUGACGACCAAACAAAUGCAACGAUUUUCGCUUAACGACCCAAAUGUUCCAAUAAUGAAAGAUGAUGUGCUAAAAACAUUAGACCAAGUUGAGAAGCGUAUAGUUUUCUUACGAGAAAUUGCAUUCGAAUUAUUAGAAGAGAAAAACAAAUUAUUCGAUGCAUUGAAUAAGAUUGAAUCGAAAUCACCAGCAUCAAGUUUUUCAUCAUUCACCGAAGUCGAUCUUCAAGACAUUCAUGCAACUACGGAAGAUUUAUUACAUCGAUUAGAAAGUGUCAACAUCAUCAUUAAACCGAUGCGUUCAUCCAGCCAGAUUGAAGCAUUCGAAAAAGCUAACAAAUAUAUUGAUGCAUUGAAAGUGAUUCUGGUACAGGAGGGCAAAAUUAUUGCCAAGAAAAAAUGCUUAACAUAUGUCAGUUCUUGUACAUCAGAUGAUUCACUGGAUAAAAAUCAUGAACUACUCGUUCCUAUUGAUGAACGUUUUCAAAAAAUUGUCAUCGAUUGUUCGUUGGAAGAUCAAAAAAUGAUCAAAAAGAAAUUGAACCAUUUUUUGGAACAAAUUGAAAAGAAAUGAUUUGAUCCACAAAGAUCCUCGCUCUUAUAUUUCAUCAAUAAAGAUUUACUUUUUGCUA